AAGCUCCACAUCCUGGGUGGGGAGGUGGCCGAGUCUGCACAGAAGUGCACCCACCUCAUCGCCAGCAAGGUGAAGCGGACCGUCAAGUUCCUGAUGGCCGUUUCCAAGGUGAAGCACAUCGUCACCCCAGAGUGGCUGGAGGAGUGCUUCAAGUGCCAGAAGUUCAUUGACGAACAGAACUACCUUCUCCGAGAUGCAGAGGCCGAAGUGCUUUUCUCCUUCAGUUUGGAGGAGUCCUUGAGGAGGGCCCACGUUUCUCUGCUUUUCAAGGCGAAAUACUUUUACAUCACUCCUGGGAUCUGCCCAAGUCUGUCAGCCAUGAAAGCGAUUGUGAAAUGUGCAGGAGGCAAAGUGUUGUCUAAACAACUGUCUAUCAGGAAACUCAUGGAACAUAAACAGGAUAAGAGUUUGUCAGAAAUAAUUUUAAUAGCCUGUGAAAAUGACCUUCACUUGUGUCAAGAGUAUUCUGCCAGAGGAAUAG